AUGGAAAAGAAUUUAUUGACAAAACUAUCUAAUGAAAUAGUUACGCUCCUCAAACAUGAAGAUACUUGCGAUAUCGUUAUUAUAGCCGGAAUGGGUAUGGAUCAAAUGCAGUUCAAAGGCCACUCGUUGAUAUUAUGCGCUCGAUCAGAAUACUUUGCUGAAACAAUCAAACAAAGAAUGAAUGUUAAAGAAGAUGGAUUGCAAUUGUAUCGUGACUCUUUUAUUGACUUGAGUAAUAUACCAUCGAGUUUAUUUGAACUCAUUUUCAGAUAUCUCUACUCUGGAGUCAUCGACCUAAGUAAACUUACCGUCGACACUAUUUUUACUCUUAUUGACCCUCUUCAUGAAUUGCAUCUGCACGAGUUGAUAGACUACAUUCAAGAGUACCUCAUCACUAAUCGACAUCGAUGGAUUUACACAGAGUUCAUUUCUACUUAUUACAUUCUGUCGGACAUCAAACACAUACCAAAAUUCCGUCAAUUCGUCAAUGAAUUACUAUGCACCUCACCUGAAUUACUACUCAGGUCAGAAGAUUUUACUAUUAUUGACGAAGAUUUAUUAACAGAUCUACUUAGAAGAGAUGAUCUUAACAUGCCAACAGCGGAAAUAUGGGACAGGUUACUGGAAUGGGCAGCGGCUAAUCCCAUUAUGCCCGCGGACACGACCUUGUCACAAGAAAAAACAUUAGCAAACACAUUGAAGGAUUUCUUGCCUCUG